GAAAUCCUGAGUAUCCUGGUAGGGUACGUGGUGUUGGUGGCUUCGUCAAGCCUUCGGCAUAUUUUCAUCUACCUAAACGCCAAAUGCUAAAUGUAGAAGAUAGUGUCAGGGUAAGUGUUAAGAAGAUACUAGCAGAAGAGAAAGAAAAUAUCAUUGCUCAGGAAAGAGCCAAAUGGGAGUUGGAGAUGGAGCAACAAAUUGCUAGGGAAAGAGCCGCUUGGGAGGAAAGGUUUCAGAAGUUAGAAGCGAUGGUUAAUGGGAAAGAGAUGCCAGCUGACUCACCCAAACCUGUGACACCGCUGAAUGAUUUAGGCUCUGGCCAAGGCAGCUGUUCAAGGCACCUUGAAAAGGCUGGUUUGAAAGCUAUUGAAAUUGAAGCUACCAAAACUGCCAAGAAGAAGUUAGAUUUAAGGGAGGACCAGCAGAAAGUAGUUGAGGAGAAUGAAGUCUUUGUGGAUGGGGAGCUGAACAUCAAACUAACCUCGAUUAUUGAGGAGGAGGUUCAGUCCACCAAUAUUGUCCAGUCAGGGUGUAAACUUGCGAUAGAUUCAUUGGACAACAUAGUGGCUGAAGGAACGAUCAUUCAAGUGGAUGUUGACUCCAGCAAGCAAACUAUCCAUGGUGUUCCAUUGGCUGAGGAAAAUGUCCGAGUAUCGAUCACCAAAUCUAUUGUUGCUAAUGCUUUGCUACCAAUUCCUAUUAAUGAUGAGAUUCUGUUUGUCCGCGAUGCAAUUGGUACAUGCAUUGCUUGGCCUAGAGACUGGGUAAUACCCACUGCAGCUGAUGCAAAGCGGGAAAAGAUUAAGGUUGUGAGGAGGAAAAAGAAGGAUAUAUAUGAUGAUUUUUUUGAUCAUGAUGAUUUGGACAAGCUGCCACCCAAUUUGCCUCCACCACUUAAGACGUUGGCCACAUGGGCUAAUGAUAACUUGAAGGAUGGGAUCACCAUCCACACAACCUUAGGCGAGGAAUUAUUUGGAUAUCUAAAAAAGGUCGCCAUCUUCAGAAGGGAUGUGUAUGCCAUGACCAACAUGAAGGAGGUUUCUGCCAGCUGCAUUGUGAUGUAUAUGAGCUUCCUUUAUCAAGUGUUGAAGAAAUCGAAGAUGCUUGACAUGAUUGGCUUCGUAGAUCCUGCUAAUACUGGUAUCAUUGGCUGUGGAAAUCCGACUGAACGGGCUCGUUCUUUGUCAGUUUCUUAUGAAAGAGGGAAGCCUGGUCAGAUUUUUUUGGUCCCCUAUAAUUCAGGCGGUCAUUGGAUGUUGACGGUGGCAAACCCCACUGAAGAAGUUGUGUAUUUCAUGGAUCCGCUAAAGAGGCGACUCAUCACCGGUGAAUGGAGAACUAUUGUGGACAACUCCAUCAAAAUAUUCAAUGCCCAAAAACAUAGGAAAGGCCGAAAGACAGUUCAAUGGAAAAACUGUGCAGGCAUUCCGGAGCAGAUGGGUGAUAAGACUUGUGGUUAUUGGAUUAUGCAUUACAUGAGGGAUAUAGUGGAGGACAAAAACCAAGAGUGGAGUGCUAAGUGGGAAAGAAAAGCAAAUCACUAUUACACAAUGGAGAAUGUUGAUGUUGUCCGGGCAGAGUGGGCAAAGUAUGUUAUGAAGUUCAAAGAUAACUAGUGCAUGUGUAGGUUAACUAGUAGUUGAAGAUAUGUAGCACCAACUUUUGGACAUGCAAAGUUGAUAUAUAUAUAGGCCAGAUUUUGAUUGCAGUACUGCUAGCUAUUUUGCUAUGUUGUUUAGUUGGUUGCCCACAUUGUGUAGUGCUUUUGGUUUAUUAGCAAGCAGUACUGCAUGUAUAUAUUUUGCUGGCUGCCCAGAUUAGUAGAUAUGGGUCAUUUAGAACUGAUGCUGAUCGAUGAUUAGGUUUGUGUACAUGAGACGACAAUGGUGGA